CUCGGACAUGCUUACGCAUGUCCAGACGCUGCAUGCUAAGGUGUCGACCCGCUUCGCCACGGUUCUUCGUUACAUAAGGCGGGGCCGACGCCUUGUAAUCUGUAUUCUAUUCUCCAGUCGUCUUCUUCUCUCACCUUUACUCAAUCUGCUUUACACUUACACUUGUUGAUCACCUUCACCUUCAGCAGCCAUGGCAAAGCUACCAGCAGGCCGACUACAAUGACAUGAAUCAAGGCGGAGUAGGGCCCGAGUACGAGUACCCAACCACCGAGAAAGAUGAAGAGAUUCCUGUGGUAGCUCCUUCCAUGGAGGAUGCUGAGCUUACUGCAGACGACCCGGCCCAAGCUCCCGGGGAAGAUGCUGAGCCUCUGGACGACGAUGAGCUUGCUCGUGAGGAAGAGCUCGAAGACGCCGAAGCUGGCGAGUGGUCGGAAGACAUGGCAGAAAACGAACCUCGACCCGGUGAAGAGGAUGAGUACGAUCCCGACAUGGAACGUCUCCCAUCUGACCGUGGGUGAAGAGAGCGUUCUGGUUCAGGAGUAGAGGAGUCAGUGUUUCAUAAAAUGGUUUGUAUCGACAGAUGCAAGACGAGGCUCACUGAUGGGGGAGUGGCACUCUGCCUAUGGACCUCGCUGCUUGGAGAGACGAGUCAUCUCUUCUAAUUUUUGGUUCUUACAGUCUCGAGUGAUUCGUCUAUUGCCGAAAUUUGGAUCUGUUCUGUGUACAGUUAGUUGUAUAGCCACAGUCGGCCUUAAAUUGUAAUUUUUUUCUCGCUACAUAAAGAUAAUUCGAAACGA